AGAGCCCUUCAGUUCACAGUGCCUCAACGAAGAGCCAGCGCUACAUGUGUUGUCUUUGAAUUACGAGCUCGAAUCGGAAAUUGUUGACUCGUCCUUCUAUGUUGUCUUGUUCUGAACUUUUUAGCGUGUACCAAGUGUCCUGCGAGUGUCCAAUAAAGGCAUCUUGAGGUCUAGUCCAGUAAAGGCCUGUCUAUCAGGCUACCUGAUUUUUACCCCAAACAGGUGCCAACAUUUUACCAGGAAGAAAAGCAGAUAGAUCUUCUCUACAAUGAGGUUAAAAUUGCGUCUCUUCAUUUCGACAGCAGUCGUUGUCUUAGUCGUAGUUUCGCCAUUAGCACUACAGGCGCCUGCUGUCAGCAUGUCGAGCAGUCAAGCGGCCAUAAGCGGCGAUUCUGUUGACAGCGUACGCACAUUAGCUGCACCGAAGCGUCCACAUCGUCUAGUAUUCAAGCCCGAUAGAAUCACGUUCUCUGAUGAGCUUCCACCGAUAGAUUCAUCACCAGUGAAAACGAGCGUUGAAAGCUCGCCAAGCGACGUUCCCGAGUUCAACGUGAACGGGGUCGACAACGACAUUUUGGAAAAGCUUAAAACGCAUGGCCUCAAUUAUGACAAGGAAUCAAGAAGCAAAAAGAAAAAAAACAUCAUCGUCAUACUUGCCGACGAUUUGGGUUGGGACGACGUUUCGUUUCAUGGAUCAUCACAGAUUCCGACUCCUAACCUGGAUGCCCUAGCCUCUUCCGGGGUCAUCCUCAAUCAACAUUACGCUCAACCGAUGUGUACUCCUUCCAGAAGCGCCCUAAUGACUGGCUUAUAUCCGUAUCGUACAGGAAUGCAAAAUUACGUUAUUCGGACGGGUGAGCCAUGGGGACUGCCCCUUGACCUAGAAUUGCUUCCUCAAUAUUUGAAGAAACUUGGUUACUCAACGCACGCUGUAGGGAAAUGGCACCUAGGCAUGUUCAACGAUGCCUAUUUGCCGCUUCAACGAGGAUUCGAUACCUUCUUGGGAUAUACCAAUGGAUUCAUUGAUUACUACAACCACAAGCAUCUUACAAAGAAAGGGGUGGGUGGUAUUGACUUUUUUGAUGGUAACACGCCUCGCAACGUGCCUGGAUAUGCUACUGAUGUUUUCACGAAUAGAUCACUGGAGAUUAUAGCUAACCAGACCGAAUACAGCCCUCCAAUGUUUCUCUAUUUAGCACAUCUAGCACCGCAUCGAGCGACUGAACACGAGCCCUUUCAGGCACCAGAAGCAACUGUCAAAGAAUUCGAAGAUUAUAUACAUGUACGCAAUCGUACAAAGUACGCAGCCAUGGUUGCUGAACUGGACCGUUCUGUCGGAAGAAUUGUGCGGGCUCUACAGGACAAAGGCAUUCUUAAGGACACGUUGAUCGUUUUCUCGUCAGACAACGGUGGACAGAACAUUGGAACUCUUAGCAAUGUCGGUUCAAACUGGCCCUUGAGAGGGGCGAAGCAGACGUUAUUCGAAGGUGGAACGCGGGUGGCGGCAUUUACAUGGAGCGCUGACCUGAUAAAACCACGUCGUAUUGAGCAUGGAUUAAUGCACCUCGUUGACUGGUUACCGACCUUCGUGCGAUAUGCCGGCGGAGAUCCUGCAUCGCUUGGGAAAUUGGACGGUGUCGACCAAUGGGAGAUGAUUUCAAAAGGAGCGCCCUCAAAUCGUCAGGAAGUCAUCUACAAUAUUAACUAUGUAGAUCAGUCGGCUGCCAUCCGAGACAACCGUUUCAAGCUAAUAGUUGCGAAUAAGGGCUUCCGCACAUGCCGUAAACGACGGCAACGCCCUCAGCCAAAGAGGACACAACAACUCAAUGGCAUGGUCGACUAUCCUCAAGGUCCGGCAAAUGGAUCGGCAGUAUUGAAUGGAUGGUUCCCCACGUUGGGGUACGGUGGGCCUAUGGGCCUUAUAACGCUCGAAAAAAUGAUGGAGGAAUCGGUCGUCGCAAAGGCGCUUCAUGAAGCUGACUUGUGGUGGAAGAAAAAGGAACAAUCGUCAGGAGCGCCUCUAUCUGAUAGGAACGAAUCGCUAUCGCAGCGAUGGUACUCUCCGAGCUGGUCUUGGAGGGAAGAGAGUCGUCUGCUGUGUGGGUCACCUGAAGCUCACACAUCAUGCGAGCCCUCCCACACCGUGUGUUUGUUCGAUCUACAGAGUGAUCCCUGUGAAAUGAAUAAUAUUUUCGAGCAACAUAUUGAUAUCGCGGUAGAAAUGGUCGAUCGUAUACAAAAGUUAAGCCUGUCUCAACGUCCUGUAAACAACCGCCCAGCAGAUCCCGCUGGGAUUCCAAAGAAUCCGUCAAUGUUUUUUAGACCCUGGAAGUAAUUUUCGAAAUAUAAUCAGUCACCGAUACUUAUCCUCAGGACAUUCGACAAGAAACGACUAAGAAAGCUAGUUUAUAAAAAUUGACUUUGCAAUGUAUGUGUCUUGCAAACAACUACCAGACAGUACAACAGAAAGUCGACUUUCGGAUCGAUGUUCUUAAGAGCCCAAUGUCUAGCCUAGAGGAAAGACAAGGACCAAUAACUUUUCGUUGGACACCAUACGCACGAAAAG